AUGCCGACCUACAAGAUUGUGGUCCUCGCUGGUGAUUAUGCCGGCCCUGAAGCCUCGAUUGACGCUCACGGCACCCCCUUAACGGAUGAAGCCCUCUCCGCCGCCAAAUCCGCACACGCUGUCCUGCUCGGCGCGAUCGGCGGGCCCAAAUACGGUGUUGGCAAAGUCCGACCAGAACAAGGCCUCCUAAGACUACGCAAGGAAAUGGGCACCUUCGGCAACCUACGACCCUGCUUCUUCGCCUCACCCAGCCUGGCGAAGAACUCGCCUCUCAAGGAAUCAGUCUGCCAGGGGACCGACUUCAUGAUCGUACGCGAACUCACCGGUGGCAUCUACUUCGGCGACCGCGUCGAAGGCAAUCCAGAAGACGGGGAGAAUGAAUGGGCGGAGGACCGGGAGCCAUACUCACGCAAAGAAAUCGAGCGGAUCACGCGGUUGGCGGCGUACCUGGCGCUGGCGAAGAGCCCGCCCAGCAAAGUAUGGAGUCUCGACAAGGCGAACGUGCUCGCGACGAGCCGCCUGUGGCGGAGGGUGUUCACGGAGACGAUGCAGAAGGAGUUCCCCCGGCUGGAAUUCGAACACCAUCUGAUUGAUUCCGCGGCGAUGAUCAUGGUGAAGAACCCGCGCGCUCUAAACGGCGUGAUCGUAACGUCCAAUCUCUUCGGCGACAUCAUCUCCGACGAAGCGUCCGUGAUCCCAGGCAGUCUGGGCCUGCUUCCCAGCGCGAGCCUGAGCGGCGUACCAGACGGCAAGGGCCUGUGCAACGGCAUCUACGAGCCCAUUCACGGCUCGGCGCCCGACAUUGCAGGCCAGGGCGUGAUCAACCCCGUCGCGGCCAUUCUCAGCGUCGCCAUGUUGCUCCUGUACAGCUUGAAUCUGCCAAAGGAGAGUGUGCUGGUCGAGCAGGCCGUGCGCAUCGUCAUCGACAAAGGCAUCACCACCAAGGACAUCGGUGGAACCAGCUCAACAGUCGAGGUUGGCGAUGCCGUUGCCAAGGAAUUGGAGGCUCUGUUCAAGCAGUAG